AUGGAGCAGCGGCGGCGCCAGGCGGCCGAGGAGCUGCUCAAGCACAGCCUGUUCGGCUUCCAGGUGCACGACGCGGCGGUGGCCGAGCGCCUGCGCGACCUGCAGGAGCUGCUGCUGGCCACGUGCGGCGAGCGGGACCAGGUGGCGCUGCUGAGCGAGAGCGUGCGCGAGAUCGAGGAGCAGCUGCGCAGCCGCAGCGAGCGCUUCCUGCUGGAGCCGCUGCGGCGCUUCGAGCAGGAGAUGGAGCUGCUGCUGGACGUGGGCAGCGGCGACGAGGCUCCGGGCCCCGACGAGGACGAGGACCUGCUGGACGACGGCCUGCUCACGGACGACGACCAGAUGAUGAACGAGGGCCUGCUCUCGCCUGAGGACGAGGAGGUGCUCUGUGGCGUGUGCUGCGCGCCCGACUCGCUCGAGAACGACCCGAUCGUCAUCUGCGAGGUGUGCGGCGUGGCCGUGCACCAGACGUGCUACAGGCUGGCGGCCGUGCCCGACGGCGACUGGUACUGCCACCCGUGCAGACAGUACCUGGACGCGCAGGACAUUGAGAAGAACCUGAUCCCGACGCACGAGUUGGAGUGCGAGGCAUGCUGCUCCAAGGCUGGAGCCAUGGCGCCCACGAUCGAUGGAGGGUGGGUGCAUGUAGCCUGCUCCAUGUUCUUGCCGGAGCUGUACCUGCAGGACAAGCACGCGUCCAGGUUUCAGGGCCCGCUGGAUGAUUUACAGGUCGUGUGUGGAGUGGACAAGUUGAAGCAAAGAAGGCGACUGCGAUGCUGCUUCUGCAAGAAAUCCAAGUGCGUUCUUGGAGCGUGCGCUCAGUGCGCGGUGGGGAAGUGCGUGGUAGCGUACCAUGCACUAUGCGCACUACGAAAUGGAAUCAAGCUUCGGUACAUGGAAGAUCAGGUAUGCACGUCGCUGGUUUUGCGCAAGUUCUGGAUAUAUGUUUUAAUGUGUUCUCACGUCUUCAUGACAGGGCCAAUUUGGCAGCGGGUGCCUUAA